AUGACGGCGCUCUCGCGCAGCGCGCUGCAUUUCGCCGCAGCAUUCUUCCUCCUCCGACUUCUAUCGACUACGCACGCCGCAUUCAUCACCUUCGAGGACUGCCUCCCGGACAGCACCAAGCACUCGAAUCCGAAGCUCCUCCAGUUCACGCCGUACUUCGUUGAUGCCUAUUUCGGUGAAAACCAACCUCACAGCCUCAACCUUACCAUCUAUGGCAAUGUAUCCGGUCGCCAAUUCGACAGCGAACUUCCGCCGGCCAGCGACACCACUUACUGGGAUAACGAUGAUGAAGAGAAUGGAAAGAUAGUGGAUGUGGGCAAUGCGAACAAAUAUGCGACCUUGACCGCCGACUACCACAUCUUGACAUACACUGCCUACGACAAUCGCGGCGAGCGAUUCUGUCCGACUCUGGUCAAUGGCUCGUGUCCAUUGGGCCCGGCCUUCAGCGCAAAUGCCAGCAAUCCACAAGAUCUACCUGCCUUCUUCAUAUCGCACGACUUUGGCAGCUCGUACUCUUUCAGCACCAUCUCAACCACAGUCCACGUUAUCAGUGGCGAUGCUGGUGGAUCGGACGUCGCUUGUGUCAGUGUCCAGAUUACACCGGAUCUCGGACCAAGCAUCGCUGGCCUCUUGACAUGGCUUCCGGCUGCCAUCCUCAUCAUCAAGGGUGUCGCAACGCUUUCGGCCGCAAUAUGGUCUCCGUGGGGCAGUUCGGAUAUUUUCCGAUGGAGCAGUAACUACGGUAGGGACGAGGAUCUGCUUCGACUUGUCACACCUGGCUUCGGAGACUGUUUGCAAUACAUUCAAUUUGUCGUCCUGACGGGAAGCUUGACGCUUCAAUACCCGGGCUUCUUCCAGCCGGCCGUCCGUCAGACGAGCUGGUCGGUCCUGCUUUUCAACGAGAGCUAUGUCAGUGGCGGGAGUGGCACGCAGAGUCUCGUGGAUGGACUAUACAGGACAAACGCCACUUAUGGCCUGACAGGGAUGAGCCAGCUCAUUGGAAUGUCGGAAGGUCAGGACACUUGGGCGUGCAUGGCUAUUUGGCUUCUCGUCAUCGCAGGAAUGGUGGUCCUGCUUUGUCAGGCUGGCUUCCUGGGUCGCUGGAUCUUUCAUAUCGCCACCAAAAGGAUUGAACAAGACCUGCGCAAGAAGAAUCUGCCCUUCACCUUGGGCAACAUGGUCAGGCUCCUGUUCAACUUCUUCAUCCUACCCAUCGUCGCAUUAAGUUUCUUCCAGCUGGUCAUCGCGCCGCACUCUUCGACGAGCGUCGUAGCUUGCGCUGCAGUAUUACUUCUGAUCAUGAUUGUCUGGGCCGGUUGGAUAUUGAGGAUCAUCUUCUCCACGAAACCUCGGACCCUGCUAUUCGAUGACAUGUCGACAGUCUUGCUCUACGGCCCGCUCUACAACACAUACAGCGACAGCGCAGCUCCCUUCGCGCUCGUCCCGGUCUUCAUCACCUUCAUGCGCGGAGUUGCAAUCGGUGCGGUCCAACCUUCAGGCAUUGGCCAGAUCAUCGUCCUCGCCAUUUGCGAAGUCAUUCUCAUCCUGACAUUGAACGGCUUCCGACCCUUCCAAGGCCAGACAAGCAUGAACUUAUACCAUACCUUCUUCGCCAGCGUACGUCUGGUGACAGUACUCCUCAUGAUCGCGUUUGUGCCCACGCUUGGCGUGACCGAAGCCCCGAAAGGUUGGAUUGGCUAUAUCAUCCUGCUGCUCCAUGCCUGCGUCUUGAUCUUCGGCUUCUUCCUCAACGCCGCGCAAACGCUCGUCGAGGUCAUCGCGAGAGCAUUGGGUGCUGGAGGCGACUCGAGUGGCGCAGUGAGAGGUAGUAUCUUGAACUGGCGCAUGCUCAAGAAACGUCAAGAUCGAGGCACCGCUGAUCGUGGUAGUAUGAUGAGCAGCGCUGCCAUCUUGAACAAGGCCGACACCAGAAGUCAAGGCUACGGAACGCGAAGUAGAUCAAUCUCGGCUAGUAGCCAGCAACUACUCAAUCGCAUGAGCGGCUUCGAAAACUUCAGCCAAGGCGGCGAGGCGGUCAGCUCCCCUGGAGACGAAUUGGAGCAGACGGCGACGUUUGGUUCUGCUGGCGUCGCAAAUGGCAGGACUUCUCUUGCGAAGGGCGAAGGUGACGCCUUCUAUCGACCUCCGAGACCACGAAAGACGACGAUCGAAACUCUGGCUAAUCCUGGAGCCAAGACGAGAAGCACGGCUGACUUCCCUUACACUGACUCGCCUCAUGGCCCCGCUGGACAUCACCGAGACACCAGCUACGACAGCGGCGCUUUUCAUGGCUCUCCAGCUCCCGCGUAUCUCCGCGACCGACAAGGCUCCGCGGACGAGACUGGGCCACGCACUGAUUAUGCCGUUCGGGAAGUCGACCAGUACUAUCGAGGUCCGCCGCUUAAGGAGCAGCAGAACCGCAAGCUGAAGACUGGUCCUGCUGAUCCUGAAGGUCCGGCAUCCGCCGCCACCAGCUGGCUGCAGACAUUUUUCACCGGCUUCGCAGGGAAGAAGAAAAAGGAUCAAAGCAAAGGCUUCGAGGUGGUGCGUUCAGCUCGCAUGCCGCCGGGGAUGCAGCAGAAUCCAGCUGUAGACGAUGUCGAAAUGCAGACCAGCCCUGUGAUGCAUCAAGAACCCUAUCGAGACACUCCAGAUUCGCCUAGGAUGGACGGAGCUCUUGCCAAGUCGAGCGUGGAACGAUCGAUCAGCCCGACUGACAACAUAGCACAACAUCCGCCGACGAACAACUUUGAAUUCGGGUUCGACGAUACUCCUGGCAGCGCUCGAGACAGCUUACGCGCCAGCCGCAUCACCAACGUUCGUCCUGACAGCGAUGCACUGGGCGCGCCUGGUCUGGAGCCGGUCAGCUACGAACAUGCCGACUCGAUGGGCGUUUCAGCGACUCCUGAGCGCCGCCCUAGUCAGGCAACGACGGCAAGCCGCUACACUGGACGCCGCUCAGAAGAAAGCCAAGGGGCUCAUGCUGGCCCCUUGCGAUACUCCGACCAGCCGAUUCCUGCGUUAGCACCAAUCGAUUCUGUUGGUAGUCUCGACAUCCCAUCCCGCUUCCCCUCGAGUGCUUCCAACAACAACCCCUUCACCCAGACCGAAGGCGACCAAUCCUGGCUCCGCGCCGUCGACCAGAUCAGCUGGCCCAACCACAGCCGGCAACCCACCACCCAACCCACCCAUCAUCCCGCCCAACCCGCCCCCUCCGUCCCCCGCCGCAAUUCCCGCCGCACCCCUUCCCAGGAUCUCGCGGCAACCCGAUACCCAGACACCACUGCCACCAUCUUCGAAAAUUUCGACUCCGUCCCCGACCUCUCUCUCAGCCCAGUCAACAAUCAAAGCCACUCACUCGGCUCUCCUAGCCACCAACAAGUCUCCCACCGCCGAGCCGCCGACAGCAUUUCCCGAAACAGUUUCGGUGCCGCUGCCGCUUUGCGUGAAACGUCCGGGAAUUUGGAGUUUGGGACGCCGACGCCGGAGAGGAGGGGGAGUUUUCUUGAUGAUAAUGAUAAUGAGAGGCAUGAAGGGUUGUGAGGAGGUGGGGGGAGGAGGGGUUUUUUGUUUUUUUUUGUGAGGUUUAGCGUGGCGUUUGGAUGGCCACGAUAAACAGAAGUGGGUAAUAAAUGACAGACAUGCAUGAAACCGAAAAGACUGUGUUAUGUUUUAUGUAGUAUAAUGUGUUUGUAUAUAUAGACUAAAUUGAAAAGAAGUAUAGAU